GGUCCAGGUAAGGUAUAUGAGGGCCUCAGUUCGUGGCUCGGCUGGUACUCUAGCCUCGCUGUCCACUAACACAAUCACAGGAAAUUAAUAUUAAAAUAUUAUCAAGAUGGGCGCCCUUGGGACGAUGAUACUGGCGAUGACGAUAACCUUAACCCUCUCCCAGCAGUACCGCCAAGGCUACGAGGACUACGAGCAGGAGUACGACAGUAAUCCCCGUCAGGGUCAGCCGACGCCGCGCAGUUACCAGAGCGGUUCGCCCGCCGCGCAGCGCCCCCAGGAGCCGGCGUCCCCUAAGCCAACGCCAGUAGCCAUUUUGAAGCAGAUAAAUCGUCACAACGAGGACGGCUCCUACACGUACGGCUUCGAGGGCGCCGACGGUUCCUUCAAGAUCGAGACGAAGCUGGCGAAUGGCGAGGUCAAAGGCAAAUACGGCUUCGUCGACGACGGCGGCAAGGUCAGAGUCGUCCAAUACGGUGCUGAUCAGUACGGCUUUCAGCCGGAGGGGGAGGGCAUAACGGUCGCCCCGCCCACCCUCGUCGACGAGACCACAAACAAAGAGGCCCUCCAGGGUCAGAGUCUGGAUUAUCAGGAGUACCAGCGCCCGACGCCACCGAGGAUUCCCCAACAGGCGCCCCAGAGGCCCCAGUACCAGGCGCCUGCGCGUCCCCCCCCACCCCAGUACCGCGAACCUGCCCAGCCCGCCCCCACCCAAUACCACACUGAGGCCCUUUACGGAGCGGGCCCCAAGGGCCCCGUCUUCUCACCCGCCGGACAACAGUCUCCACUUCUCAGGGCUCAGGACAACUACGAACAGCCACCGGCGUCGCAGGCAUACAAUCAGGGCCCAGUUCAAUUCGGACCCGCUCCUGUCAGGGAGGCCCCUCAGCCACGUAGUGCCCAACCCAGUGCUGCCCCUGGCGGUGGAAUACUCGAUCAACUCGCCAGAGACUACGCUCUACCGCAGAAUGCAGCACAACCACUUCACGACAUCAGUUUUGGAUAUUAUUGAUAAGGAAUUUUUGUAAUUGUGUAAUAAAUAAUUGUCAGUCA